GGACCCGCGAGGUGGGGGGCGGGGAGAAGGUUUGAAAGCGAAGUCGUGCUCGGGACCUACGUGCCCUGCAGUGCUUCUGUGCUGAGCUCGCCGCCCAGCGGUAGCUCCCGGCAGGAGCACGGGGACUUUUAUAGGGAGAGGAUGAAUUCAGCUAUCCAUCCCAGCGUGGAGAAUGUGAUCUGCGUUGUCCUUUCUCAUUCGAAAGCAGUUUUGUUCCUUCAGGUCCUCCAUCAUCUUUCUCCGAACCUAAGCUACGUUGUAUCUUUCCUGAGAUGCCGGCAUUGCAGCUGCCCGUUUACGGUGCUGAGACUGCUGGUCGUGUGGGCGUGCUCUUAACCCCCCCAGUUGUAUGUUUUUAAAGUUUUCAGGUUCCAUUUCUUUUGACUGCUCAUUUUAGCAGAAUUGCUCAUUGUUAGUGUGCUCUUCCUCCUGGGGAGGCAGGAUAAGUAGUGACAGGGUGAGGGGAAAUGGAUUUAAACUGAAAGAGGGUAGAUUUAGACUAGAUAUUAGGAAGAAAUUAUUAGCUGUGAGAUACUGGGAUGGGUUGCCCAGUGAGGUCCCUGCAAUCAUUCAAGGCCAAGCUAGGUGGGGUUUUGAGCUGCCUGAUGUAGUGUGAGGUAUCCCUGCCUAUAGCAGGAGGAUUGGAACUGGAUGAUCUUAAAGGUCCCUUCCAGCCCAAAUCAUUCUAUGAUUUUUCUGAUAAAAGUUGUAACAAUAUUGUUAAGCUUCCUUAAAGCUGUUGUUCCUUAAAGCAUACCCCUGCCCUGCAGUUUUUGUUUAGAUAACAGAAAGAGCUGUGUCUCUGAACGAAGGAGAUAAGGAAGUUCUUCUGAGUCUUUGUCCUGGCAAAACGAGAGGUCUUGCUUGGAAUCGUCACUGCAUAUGUAACAUACUUCUGGGAAACUUCUUCAUUUGUAACAUAACUCUUGGAAAAAAUCUGCAUAUGUAACACAGAAUUUAAACACUAAAGGAAGAUGUCUUUUUUCCCCAAAAUCUCUUUCCAACAUGAAGUUGAAGAGUAUCUCAGCAAAGUGUUCAGAAAUAAUGAGCUUAUAACUGCUUUAGGUACAAAGGAGGCAGAAAGUAAAUAUCAAUCUCUGUUAAGUCAUCUGUCUCAUCCACCAGCUAUCACAACUGUUAGAGUUAAUACCAACUUGGCCUCUGUGAAACACGUGAAAAAAUUGCUGCUUGAAGAGAUCCAGAAGCAAUUUAAAGGAACCCGUGUUCCAGUUCUUGAGCACCCACAACUCCGGGACAUCUUAUUAAUUCCUGCUAUUGGACCCAGGCAAGAUUUAAAAAAAUAUGAGUCUGAAGUCAUUGUUGGAGCACAGUGUGGGUACGCAGUACUUCGAGGAGCGCACGUUUAUGUUCCUGGUAUCAUAUCUACUUCAAGAUUUGUGAAGGCUGGAGAUUUAGUCUCAGUCUAUUCGGAUAUUGAAGGGAAAUGUAAAAGAGGAGCCAAAGAAUUUGAAGGAGUCAAGGUUUUCCUUGGAAAUGGGAUUUCAGAACUGAGUCGUAGUGACAUUUUCAGUUCGCAUGGCCGAAUGACUGGGUUAGGCGUAAGAAUGACAGAGCCUGUCUAUCUUAGUCCUUCGUUUGACAGUGUGCUUCCUAGUCAUUUAUUUUUACAGAACUUACCUUCAGUCGUUGUCAGCCAUGUUUUAAACCCUCAACCAGGAGAAAGAAUUUUGGACAUGUGUGCUGCACCUGGAGGAAAAACAACCCAUCUUGCAACAUUAAUGCGUGAUCAGGGUGAAGUAAUAGCAAUGGACAAGAUAGCUAACAAGGUCAAAAAAAUUAAGCAGAACGCUGAAUUACUACAGUUGAAUUGUAUAAAGGCAUUUUGCUAUGAUGGAACAAAAGCACUGUCAGUUGAGAAGAGAGAGGAUAAACAAGAAGGACCUCCAUUCUUACCAGAAUCAUUUGAUCGAAUUCUUCUUGAUGCUCCAUGCAGUGGGAUGGGGCAGAGACCAAACAUGGCUUAUUCCUCGACUUUAAAGGAAGUGACAUCUUACCAGCCACUGCAGCGCAAGCUUUUCACUGUGGCAGUGAAAUUACUGAAGCCAGGAGGUAUCUUAGUAUAUAGUACGUGUACAAUUACACUUUCUGAAAAUGAGGAGCAAGUUGCAUGGGCCCUGGAAACUUUUCCAUGCCUCCAGCUUCAGCCACAGGAACCUCACAUUGGAGGAGAAGGCAUGAGAGGAGCCGGACUGGCGCUCCAUCAGUUGAAGCUGCUGCAGAGAUUUGACCCAUCUGCUGGGACUUUGCAAGGAACGGAUAUGGAAUCUUUGCAAGAUUGCAGGGAAGAAGAUUUGGUUUCACUGGCAAAUAAGGACUGUAUAGGAUUUUUUAUUGCAAAAUUUAUGAAGUUGAAGGGUAAAUAAGCAUCUAGCAAUACAACCUGGAAAAACACCUCUGUGAGCCUAAGAGCAGUUCAGACGUGAAGUGCAUGUGGUGGUGCUGCAAGGUUGCCAAGCCAAUCGGUGACGGCAGGGUUGCCAUGGCAGCACUACAAUCUGCCAGCUGUUCUGCUGGGAAACAGCCACAGGUUGCAGAAAGUCAGGGCUGGGGGAAGGGCAGCAUCAUUUUUAGGUCUGUUUGCUUUUAUAUUCACAGCAGGUCAGCGCCUGGAUGACAAGUAUGUUCAGUAAUGCUUCUGUCUGUUAUCUCUCGCUGUGUGAGUGGCUUACCUAGUACAGAAGUGGGAACAGGGGCUGGGGGGUGGCGAGGUAAGCUCCUCUGUGAAAUGCAAGCAGAAAUAAAACAGACGGGAACCAUUACUGUGAAUUCUGGAAUAAGCUUUUUCUGUGCAGGUUUACCAAUAGUUAAUGCUUCAUUAAAUAGGGCUUCAUGAAACACUGUAAUGUUUUGCAAAUAACUUUUAUAAAUUGAUACUUAGAA